AUGAUCGUAAUAUUGGACUGAAUGUCAGCACGAAGUGACGUUUGCGCAUUUUGGCUGCAAACGCUUUUUUGUUAGCUUGUGAUAUUCUGAAGUAUGGAAGUACAGUCUCUGUAAUUUUCAUCUGACAAGUUUACAAGUAGGCCUACUGCUUUAUUGGUUACAAAAAAAUGUAUGGAUCCAAGGAUUACGUUUCUAUUCCCGUUUCCGACUCAGCGCCGACGAAGAAAUCGAGAUCGUUUUCAUUGAUUCGGAUAUGGAAACGUGCAACAAGAUGUCAAAAAAAUUUGAUUUUCUUGGUUCUACUCUUGACUGUUUUGUCAAUAUUAAUGUUUUCAAAUCAAAUAUCUAAAAGAAGAAGAAGAAAUGGAGGCCGCUAAUCAAUGGAGACAAAAACGAAGGGAGGCACAGAAAAUCAAGUCACAUAAUAUUGAUACUGGACAAAUUGGAGAUAACCAAAUUCAGUUACCUCAAUUAGAUGAUCAGAAAAAGAAGGCUCUUCAAGAGUUGGAAAAUAAAAUUCAGAAAGACUUUCAGAGAAAGCCAGUUGUCAUCAAACAUAGCCCGCCAUUCCGACAUAACGGACCGAAUGAGGGGAAUAUGCAAAUGGUUGCGGUUGACAUUGAAAAUAUUCCAGACCCUGUUGACAGUCAAUUUGUUAAUACUGGUACUAAGAAAAAGGUUGAAAAUCCAGAUCCAUUAGAUAUUCCUGGCCCCAAAGAUGAAAAUCUAAUUGGUGAUGCCAUGAUAAGCCAAGCUCCUAGAACUGAGAGACAAGUUUUUGUUGUUAAUAUGAUGAAACAUGCAUGGGAAGGAUACAAGAAAUAUGCAUGGGGUCAUGAUCAUCUUCAUCCUAUAUCACGUCGUCAUGAUGACUGGUUUUCUGUAGGAUUAACUAUACUAGAUUCACUGGACACUUUGUAUAUAAUGGGUAUGAAAACAGAAUACGAUGAAGCAAGAAAUUUUGUUGCAAAUGAGUUGUCUUUUGAUAAAGAUGUCGACGUGAAUUUAUUUGAAUGUACAAUUCGUGUUCUUGGUUCAAUGUUGAGCAUGUAUCAUCUAUCACAUGAUAGAAUAUAUCUGGAUAAAGCAGUCGAUAUUGGGAAUCGCCUUCUCCCAGCUCUGUCUCAAUCACCUUCUGCUGUUCCAUACUCGGACGUAAAUCUAAAAACCGGCAAAGUCCAUCCACCUAAGUGGGGACCUGAUAGCACGGUAUCUGAAAUUACAUCAAUACAACUUGAAUUCAGAGAUCUCUCGUUUUUAACUGGAGAUAUGAAAUAUAAGAAUGCUGUUGACAGGUUUUCGCUUCAUGUUCACAACCUGGCAGGUAAACGAGAUGGUCUUGUACCAAUGUGGAUCAAUGCAAACCGUGGAAACUUUAGAGCAGGCAGUACAUUAACUGUUGGGGCUCGUGCUGAUAGUUAUUAUGAAUAUCUGAUCAAGUUAUGGCUCCAGACUGGUUGCACAGAAAGCAUGUAUAUAGAUGACUAUUUAGCUGCGAUAAAGGGAAUGCAGAUGCAUUUGAUCGGAGAAUCUAUUCCUUCCGGCUUAACAUACGUUGGUGAACUUUUGGGCGGUAGAACUCCAAGUGCAAAAAUGGAUCACCUUGUUUGUUUCCUGGGUGGAUCAUUAGCUCUUGGAUCAGUCAAUAUCAAAAGUCAACAUCCAAAGGUUGCAAAAGAACACAUGCAGUUGGCAAAAAAUAUCACAAAUACUUGUCAUGAAAUGUAUGCCAGAACACCUACAGGUCUCAGUCCUGAGAUUACAUACUUCAACCAAUCAAAUGUUAGAGAAGAUCUUGUAAUUAAGCCUUUAGAUCGACAUAACCUUUUGAGACCAGAGACAGUUGAAUCAUAUUUUUACUUAUGGAUUACAAACGACACAAAGUACCGAGACUGGGGGUGGGAUGCUGCACAAGCAUUUGAAAAAUAUUCAAAGGUGCCUGGUGGAUACACGUCGAUCAAAAACGUCAUGGAUCCUAGAAAUACUCAACCAAUGGACAAGAUGGAAUCAUUUUUUCUUGGAGAAACGCUGAAGUAUCUUUAUCUUUUGUUCUCAGAUGACCGAAAUCUUCUACCUCUUAAUAAAUGGGUGUUUAACACAGAAGCACAUCCUCUACCUAUUCAUUCUUUAAAAUAAUAAUAUUACUAUAAUUUUUUUCUCAAGUUAUAUUGAAUCUAAUUUUUUGAUCAAAACUGUUAAACACUGUAGUUUUACUGUUCUGGGUGUUUU